GGAGUGUGCGUAAAGAUGAUGAACCGAGCAGCACAUGGACACAAACAGCAGAAUUAACCACUGCACCAUGUAAAAUGUCCAGCCGAAACAUCCUUAGUGGGCCCAGAAGUCUGAAGUGACGAAGCAGGACGGACUCUGUCCGCACGAUCUUCAAGUUGGGAAAAGUCUCCGGUCCGUCUGCACUAGCUUUUUUUUCUCUCUCUCUGAUCCAGAUCAGCACUUCGCGCGUCAUGGCGGUCUCAUCCAGCUCCAAUGUCCUACACUUUGUCCUCAUGUCCUCGCUGGGCUCCCUGUUCACUUCGGGAUCUGCAUUUCUCAUGACUGCAGACCGCACAUCAUCAGCUCCCCAUUUCACAGAGUGUGUGUCGAGAGAACAAGAGACAUUCCGCUGUUGGUGGAAUCCAGGCAGCUUCCACAACCUGUCGUCUCCUGGAGCACUCACAGUCUUCUACUUAUUAAUGGACCCCUCCAACAGUACAUGGAAAGCGUGUCCAGAGUACAUACAUUCCAGGAGAGAAUGCUUCUUUGAUUCAAAACACACAUCUUCUUGGUUCCGCUACUGUAUGCAGCUGCGCACUCAAACAAAUGUGACCUAUUUCAAUGACGACGACUGUUUCACAGUGGAAGACAUUGUGAUUCCUGACCCCCCUGUGGCUCUGAACUGGACAGCGCUGAACAGGAGUCCUUCUGGUUAUAGCUAUGACAUAAUGGUCAAAUGGCAACCGCCGCCGACUGCAGAUGUAGCAACAGGAUGGCUACGUUUGGAGUAUGAAAUUCAAUACAGAGAGAAGAACACCACAAAUUGGAAAGCAUUGGAGGUGCAACCUCAGACCCAGCAGACAGUCUAUGGUCUGCACAUAGGAAAAGAGUACGAAGUGCACAUCCGCUGCAGCCUGAGGGGUCGGAGAAAAUUUGGAGAUUUCAGUGACUCCAUCUUCAUUCAUGUGGCUGAGCUUCCCAGCAAAGGAAGAUCGCAUCAGAUCACAGAUUCUACAUUUCCGCUCACAGUGGCUGUCAUUUUUGGGAUUGUGGGAAUCCUCAUACUCAUCAUGGUGGUCGUCAUCUCUCAGCAGCACAGGUUGGUGAUGAUAUUUCUUCCGCCAGUUCCUGCUCCCAAAAUUAAAGGCAUCGAUCCAGAUCUGCUCAAGAAAGGCAAGCUGGAAGAGCUGAAUUUCAUCCUGAGUGGUGGAGGCAUGGGCGGACUUCCCUCUUAUGGUCCAGAUUUCUACCAAGAGGAGCCCUGGGUGGAGUUCAUCGAGAUGGAUGCAGAAGACACGGACACGAGAGAGAAGGAGACCAGUCAGGGUUCGGACACGCAGAGGCUCCUCAGUCUGUCUCAGCCCGCCAGGAGCCACACAAACACAGGAUGCUCCAGAGUCGUCAGGUUCCCUGAUAAUGACUCGGGCCAUGCCAGCUGCUGUGACCCUGAACUUCCUGACCAAGACAGUCAAAUGUUGAUGACCACCAUGCUACCAGGCCAGCCUGAGGACAGAGAAUCCUCCCCCGAUGAUUUGAGAAGAGAUCCAGCUUCAGAAAAAGGAGAGAGGUCUCUUGUCUGUACUCAGACUGGAGUGCCUCAGAUUUGGGUCAACACUGAUUUCUAUGCCCAGGUCAGCAAUGUAAUGCUCUCUGGAGGCGUUGUUCUAUCCUCUGACCAACAACUCAGAAUCCAGCUCAGCAUCCCAGCUAUGCAGGAUGAGACACAAAAGAAGGGAGCAGAGAGUGGAGCCAAGGAGGAGACAGAUGAAAUGAAGGAGGCCAAGCAGAAAGAGCUGCAGUUUCAGCUGCUGGUAGUUGAUCCUGAGGGAAGUGGCUACACCAAAGAAAGCAUCACCCAACAGAACAGCACUCCCACAACCUCCCUGAUCCCCGGAGAGGGGUACCAAACCAUACAGCCUGAGCCAGUGGAGACUAAACCUCACCAGGAGGACUUCUUAUCUCCAGAAACCACAAUAGACAGUCCUCAGUCUCCUUAUAUUCUUCCGGACUCUCCCCAAUCCCAGCUUCCCCCUCCUGUUGCAGACUACACAGUGAUCCAGGAGGUGGACAGUCAACACAGUCUGCUUCUUAACCCAACUCCCGGGCAGUCCCCACCUUCUUGCCUGCCCCAACAAGCCCUCAAGGCCCUGUCUGCUAUGCCUGUAGGGUACAUCACCCCAGAUCUGCUAGGGAACCUGUCACCUUAAAAUGACUACCAUUCUUUAAGCGUUUAACUGUAAGGCGUGGCCAAAAAAGUCCACUGUCAUCACAGGGAGCUUGUUUCCUACCUGAUACCUGUUGGAAACCAAUUACAGUGUGAAUGUCCAAGCGAUUACCUUAAGAAGAUACUAAAAGGGAAAAAUGAAAAGCUCAAAAUGGACUAUUUUUUGGACUGUGUGCUCUUUCAGUGCAUUUUGACAUACAGACAGCCAGAAGCAAAUGGGUAAAUCCACCUCAAAUCACGAGAUUUCAGAUAAUGUUCCCAACAGGCCAACUCCGAUUUGUUUCAUACUUUAACAAAAUAAAGUUAUUAGUCCCAGUAAACACCAUACAAAACGUCAGCCUCAUAUCUACAUUGGUUUUUGAGUUAUUAGGGCUUUGAAAAUGGGGUGCAACACUGAUUUUACUGUAAAAAUGAGCGGUUCAGAAAAAUAAGUCAUACUUUUAAACUACUAAUGUUAGAUGCAUGAAAUUUGAAAGAGUUGUUCUUAGGUCUAGAUGUCUUUGACUGAAAGAAGAUCCACGGUUGCACAAUGGCAGUAUAUAGCUUGCUGAAAACUAAAACAAAACUUUUUUCUGGUGCUUUGGAGUAGAUUUGGCCCUCUGUAUUUCCACAUUGAAGCACAUCAGAUCUUUCAAAUUUUGGAAUUUAUUUCUCAUGUUCUAGUACUAUUUUGCUGACUAAGUAUUUUUCUAACAGAAAUAAAAAUUUCUUAUUUAUGAGGCAUUAAAUAUUAAAAAAAUAUAUUUUACGCUUAUUUCAAAUGCAUAUUGCUCAUGUAUGACAGGGUCUACCAUAAAAAGAAUUAUACCAGUGGAAAGAGCAUGUCUUCCUUCAUAUAUUUACAAAAUAUGAAGUUGGCAUCUUGAACUAAAUUAUAUUUAUUAAGUAUCAAAUAUGCCAUGUUUCACCACAAACAGAAAUCUAAAAUUCAGAGCCACUUACGCUUAAAAUACAAUCACAAAAUUAUAUCAGAGAACUAAUAUUUGUAUUUCUUAUCUUUAUUCUGCUAAUUUUACCAUACUUCUACAAUUUAAACAAACUACAGUCUCAGUAGAAGGAACACUUCAAACAAAUGUUGUCUACUUGAAGAGUUUGAACAAUGUAUUGAUUUGCUUUUCGACAGCUGAUGGAAGUUUAUAUUCGACAAAAGGUAGUUUCAUCCAAAAAGAAGUCUUGCACAUUGAAAAUAUGCUUGCACACACAGAGAAUACAGACACACUUGCAACAACUUAAUUUAAGAAUGUGCCUGCUGCAGGUUUAGAUGACACAUGCAGACAUGGAAAUGCUUUGCGGUGUUUCCCAUCGCGCCAGAGGUAGCCAACUCAGUGUCUCGCAGACUACUGCCUGCUCAGUGCUCAAGAUUAAAUUGGGCCAGACUGCAUAAUCAGACUGUUUCUCAGGAAUUUGCAAUUCUGCUGGAGGACUUGUUGAUAUGGAUACCAAUGAUGAUCGGAAUAGGUUGUGGGAGUUCUUUCGCAAUCAGACCCUGAAACGUUGAUGAGGAUUAUAUUGGAGCCGCUAAUGUCCAUCAGAGGAGAUGUUUCAUAUCUGAGAACACUCUAAAUAUCAUCCAGAGCAGUCGUAGUGAAGGGCUUGAUGGAAAUUUUAGGAUGUACUGGGAGCUGAAAAAGCGGACUUUGAGGCCCUGAGAAUGGACAAGGAGUCAUUUGUUUAGAGGAAUCUGUGAUCAAAGCACUUUAUUCCUCUAUGACCCACUGUAGUUAUGUCAGAAGAUGGUUGGGCCGGCUAUGUUGAGCAGUUGUAUGAAGCUGAUCCUCCUGCUGGGACGUUAGGCAUUUCUGGUGGCAGGGUUCUUACAGCUGAUUCUACAGUCACCACCAAAUCUUGGUGAGAUCGCAAAAGCCAUGCAACAGCUGGAGUGGGGAAAGCUCCAGACAUUUGUGGAAGUGGAGCGCUCCAUUGCAAAUAGCUUUUGUUUCAAUCUGUGAUGCAGGUUUCAUCUCUACAGAUUGGAAGAAUGGACUUGUCCCAGUCUGGAAAGGAAAGGGUGAUCGCAUGGAUUGUAGCAACGAUCGGGAUAUCACACUGUUCCCUGUGCCAGGGAAGGUGCUUGCAAGGAUUAUUCUCAAUAAGAUUUGGUUCUAGCUACUUGCUGCUCAGCAACUGGAACAGUUUAGCUUAAUGCCCAUGAAGUCAACUAUCGACUGGAUUUUAGCCCCGCGAGUGCUCAUACAAUGCAAGUGUGAAUAUCAGCAGUGCUUCUUUACAGCUUAUGUUGACUUUUGCAAAGAGUUUGAUACAGUUUAUCAGACUGCUGUCUGGGACAUUUGUAGGAUCCCCAAGACAUUAGUGGACAUCAUAGCCAGCCAAUGCACAGAUACUAUGAGUGCUGUGUGGAGUGGAGGCAGAGACUGAGCUUUUUCAUUUGUCAGGGGUGUGUUCUGGCUCCUACAAGUGACUUGGGUGCUUUUUUUGACAACGAAAGAUUUACUUUACCUUCAUUUUGUGGAUAAUGCAUCAACAUUUUGGCGAUGUGCGUUUCUCUGUGCGUUGAGAACCCCACUAGCUGGAAAAGUUUAAGGUGAUUCCCAUAUUUCCCCUCAUCACAACAGAUACAUGGUUAUUUUUGAGAAGUGAGAAAGGACCAGUUGUCUGCCUGGGUGGUUCCCAUCCAGGACCCAAGGCAGCUCCUUGGUGUUGUAGAUGUGGAGAAGUGCACCACCCGCGUAUGCUCCCAGAAUUGACUUGUGUUGAUUUUACUGGGAAUGAUCACAAUAGUUUGUCAAAGUAUUUAUCAAACCAGAGAUGGUCAGUUGGGAGGCCUCCAGUGACUUCACAUGGACUCACCAAAAUGUAAAAAAACUACUGUAGCAUUUUUUUGGGCGUUGUUCACGAAUGUCACACUACAGCUAACAUGCAGCAACACUGAUUGUUAUGAGCAUCAUGUGCUCGUCACAUUUAUAGAGAUCUUUGAGAGAAAUCAAGACAACAAGCACAUUCUUACCACAUCAAACCUUACUGAAAAGAAGACCCAACAAAAAAAGCUGCUGAACUGUGACUGGUUGGUAUUUUUCUCCUGCAUUAAUUGUCACUUUAAUAUACUUGGUGACUUGCUUUUUUUUCUUUUUUUUUUUUUUUUGUUUGUUUGUUUUUUUCUAAAAUAUCUUUUCAGAAAUUCACUGAAGAUCAUUUUUUAUGCAAAGCUCAUUACAGGCCUAAAAACACAACCUAAAAUGUUCUCAACUAAAGCAUAAACCAUUGGAGCGCAGAGUUUUUCCAAAGGUCUAGUUUGUCAGAUUUGAACCUCUCCUUUCCGCAACAAGUUAAAAUUCCACAAUCCCUCUGAUUUGGAUCAUCAUAUUUGCUUGCAAAUUUGUUUUUGAGCAAAACAAAAGUGCUCUACUUUGAAGCAUGAGUCAAACUGACAAUUAAAUCUUCAACCAGUUGCAAAUGAUCACCGAUUUUUUUUCUUUCUUAGUUUCGUACUCUUACAUUAACCAGCAAGUUAAAAAAAGAGAAAAAAAUCAACUAAUUAAUCUUGAAGUGAUUCUGACUGAAACACAAAUGACUAUCGAGAUAAAAGUGAAAAACUAGUGCCCUAAGAUAAAUGAUGUUGUGGCAUUUUUUUCAAAAGCCACAUUUGAUUUGAAUUAAAAGUAUUGUACCAAACAAUACACAAACACAUGAAUGUAUAAGGUACAAAAUACUGAAUAGACAUUUUGUCUUAGAUACACAUAACCAACACUUUCUGGUUACCAUUGUUAUAAUUAACCCUUUUCAUAAAUAUUCCCAAGCCUAGUUUUCAGCGUUGUGGGGGUUGUUUUGAUAGGAAACCUUUGACUCUUUUGUGCUUUAGAUAUUCUGAAGUAGCAGUUGACUAUUUCUACUUUACUCCUAUUCGUUUUCGGAAUGUACACUGUCUAAAAUGUUGCUUUGGCCAAAUGUGUCACAUUUCUAAUCAAUGCUUUUGAGAAUGUUGCUUGCCUUUUCUUUACUAAGAUGUCCAUUAGUAAGUACUUCAUAGUUGUCCCAUUCAGUAUGAAUCUACACACACACACACACACACACACACACACACACACACACACACACACACACACACACA